AUGUAUUUAAAAUUAAUUUUUUAUAUUUGCUUUUUGCUAAUUUUGAUAAACAUUUCCAUUGGGAAUAAAUGUAAAUGCCCUGAAAAUGGAAAGAAAAAACUGCGACGUUCCCGAGUUAAGAGAGGAAUUUUUUGUGAUUGUUUUGGGAGUGGAAAAAGAAAAAAUAAUUCUGGAAAAGGUUCUGAAGGGCAUCACGAAAUAGGAGACAGUCAAGGUCAAGUUGAAGGUUCUUUAAUUGGAAUCGGUCAUACUUUUGAGCAGGAAGGGGCAGGAUAUGGAGGAGCAACUCAUGUUGGUGGUCAUGGAAUUCAAAGUUAUGGAGGCCAUACUAGUCAUCAUGGUCAUGUAGGGACAAGCUAUGGAGCAGGAACCUCUACAGUUGAAAGUUCAACAAAAAGAGGUUAUGUUAAUGGGAAAAGGAACGUUUUGUAUAUUUGCGACAACACGUUUUUCUCGCAUAUACAAGCUAAUGUAUGUUUAAUAUUUUUAAUUUAUUUUAUUAUUUAA